AACAUUGAUUCCUUGGCCCAAUAUAUAUUCUCAAAUUGGGCCUAAUUUGACUUUUCUUUGAUAGGCCCAAAAACUCCCCAGAGUGUCGGGUCUCCGUUGAAACAAGUACCAAAAACCCUCUGGGUAAAACUCUACCUGCGUGGCCUUUCUUCUUCCCACAUCAACCAACCUAUACACACAUGGCUAGUUCUCCAUUGCCACCAUUUCUACCUCUUUCUAAGCGCUAAAUUUAUGUGUACAAAGGCUUAUACAAAUUUUACACUUUGAUAAUAUUGAUAGAUGGACGUAACAAGAUUGAAAAUUCCCAAAACUAUAGCUAUUUUCUCACAUAUCAAACGCCCUUUAACUUGUGUCAUUUAUACUUCUUCUUCUUCUUCUUCAGAUCAAACCACCCCACCUUUACAACAAACCCCAUCACAAAACAAGCCUAAAAAGGUAUUUGAUUUGAAUUUGCAAAAAUGGGUUACUUCUGUUCUCUCAAACCCACCAUUAGAUUCAUUAAAGAUUAAAGAUUUGCUUACCCAUUUGACUCCACAUCAGUUUGAUGCUAUUUUCUUGGAAAUUCAUUCUGUUUUGAAACCAUUGUAUGUUUUGAAAUUCUUCCAUAUUGGGUCUGGUUCUUGUGGUUUUAAGUUCAGUGUUAGAUCUUAUUGUACUUUGCUUCGUUUGCUCGUUGCGUCGAAUAACGAUGUUCCAGCUAGAUUGCUUUUGAUAAGGUUAAUUGAUGGGAAGCUACCUGCAUUGUUUGAUAACCCCGAAAAAAAGCAUGUAGAAGUUGCUGUUUUUUUAGCUGAGUUAAGUCGUUUAUCGGAUUUUGGUAUUGCUAUUAGGACAUUUGAUCUUUUGGUUCAUUUAUGUUGUACCCAAUUCAAGAAUGUUGGGUUUGAUGUUGCGUUGGAUGUGUUUAAGUCGUUGGCGAGUAGGGGGUUGUAUCCCUCUUUGAAAACUUGUAACUUUCUGUUGAGUUCUCUUGUGAAAGAGAACGAGCUUCGGAAGUGUUACGAGGUUUUUGGGGUUUUGAAUAAUGGUGUUAAACCGGAUGUUUACUUGUUUAGUACAGCGAUUAAUGGAUUUUGUAAAGGAGGGAGGGUGGACGAGGCGAAGGAGUUGUUUCGAAAGAUGGAAAAAAUGGGUGUUGUGCCGAAUGUUGUUGCUUAUAAUAACCUUAUUCAUGGGCUUUGCAAGAAUUGUGAUUUGGAAGACGCGUUCCUUCUGAAGGAAAAAAUGAUAUUAAAUGGUGUAAAACCGAGUAUUGUCACGUAUAGCAUGCUUAUUAAUUGUCUGAUGAAACUUGAGAAAUUUGAUGAAGCUGAUUGUGUGUUGCAAGAAAUGUCGAACAAGGGGAUUGUUCCGAACGAGGUGAUUUAUAAUACCAUCAUCAAUGGUCAUUGCUCGGCAGGAAAUAUCCAGAAAGCUCUAAAGGUAAGGGAUGAAAUGUUAACAAAAGGAAUUUUCCCCAACUCGGUUACUUGCAAUUCACUGAUCAAAGGGUUCUGCAAGGUAAAUCAAGCUAGUCAAGCUGAAGAACUCUUAGAGGAGAUGUUAUUACAUGGAUUGAGCGUAAAUCAUGGUUCAUUCAGUAAUGUUAUUCUUGUACUGUGUACAAAUUCUAGGUUUGUUUCUGCACUAAAGUUUGUUAAGGAAAUGAUAUUAAGGAGUUUGAGGCCAAAUGAUGCGUUGCUGACCACUUUAAUUAGUGGACUUUGCAAGGAAGGAAAGCAUUUAGAGGCAGUUGAGCUUUGGCAUAUGCUACUAAUGAAAGGACUAACGGCAAAUACAGUGAGUUCGAAUGCUCUAAUUCACGGGCUUUGUGAAGCUGGUAACGUACAAGAAGCUGUUCGGCUGCUGAAAUCAAUGCUAGAAAACGGUAGUCAAAUAAAUAGCAUGACAUAUAACACUCUUAUAUCUGCAUUUUGCAAAGAGGGAGACUUGGAUGGCGCCUUUAUGUUGAGAGAAGAAAUGUUGAAGCAAGGAAUUGCACCUGACAUUUCAACUUACAACGUGCUGCUACACGGGCUUGGUGAGAAAGGUAAGAUCGAUGAAGCUCUGUUGCUCUGGGAUGAAUGUCGAAGCAAGGGACUUGUCUUCGAUAUUUAUACCUAUGGGGCCUUAAUUAAUGGUUUGUGCAAAGCUGACAAACUUGAAAAGGGCAGAGACCUUUUCCACAAGAUGCUUAGACGAGGUUUAGCCCCAAAUAUAGUUGUUUAUAACAUUCUUAUUGGAGCUUUUUGUAGAAAUGGUAAUGUGAAAGAAGCCCUUAAACUUCGCGAUGACAUGAGAAGCAAGGGUAUUCUACCAAAUAUUGUCACUUAUUCUUCUCUUAUACAUGGCAUGAGCAACAUCGGGCUUAUUGAGGAUGCUGAGAACCUUAUUGAUGGAAUGCGUAAGGAAGGAGUUUCACCUGAUGUUGUUUGUUAUACUGCAUUGAUCGGUGGUUAUUGUAAGUUAGGUCAGAUGGACAAAGCAACGAGCAUUUUGCAGGAAAUGUCAUCACACAACAUACAACCUAAUAAGAUAACUUAUACAGUUAUUAUUGACGGGUAUUGCCAAGCUGGCAAAGUUAAAGAAGCUAAGGACUAUUUUGCUGAGAUGGUACAGAAGGGAAAUACUCCUGAUUCUGUCACCUAUAACGUUUUGACAAAGGGGUUUAUAAAGGAAGGGGAAAUAGACGAAGCCUUUUCACUUUUAGAUCGUAUUUCCCAUACAGGAGUGGGUUUAGAUGAAGUUACAUAUACUUCUUUAGUAAAUUUGCUUCCCCAGAGAUCAGCAAGUGCAAACCAAGAAUGAUCUGACCUGGCAUGAAAUUCACAUUUUUAAUGCAUCAAAGAUAUAUACUUGCUUGGGCACAUGCUGGAAUGUAAAGUCUGAUUUUGUAAAGACACAACGGGGAGUUAUGGCAACAGCACACGUCUGCACAUUGGAAACUGGGUCAUUAUUGUGGGGCCAGAUUUCUUCCUUGUGCUUUGAGUUAGUUGCUAAUGCUGGUGAAGAUCAAGGAUCCAAGGCAGCUGUUGGAUGGUUCUAUGAUGCUUGCUUUAAUUUUUUCGCCUGGGGAGAUGUUCUAGUUUUCAGUUAUAGGCUGACAAAUGCAUACGGAAUCAGUUUAAUCCAUUCAAGAGUUAAGCUAAACAAACAGGAAACAUUCCAUGCUUAAUAUUCUUAAGCUAUUUUUAGCUUGGACAAAUUUCUGAUAGACUGGAAAUUUCUGAUAGGUUAUUUACACAAAUUUAUGGAUCAGCUUUUCAAAUCCUAUCAUUUUGGUUUUCUAUUGGAAAAGAAAGAUGUCCUUAAAUUACUGAAAUCUUCCUUUUCACUUUGAGAAAUUGACCAAAUUGCUCUGAAUUACCCGUGGUGCACUUGCGGGAAACUCCUUGCCGAGGGCCUGUGCACCCCCGGGAUUAGUCGGGGCUCAAAGAGCCUCAGACACCCGGUGCUUAAUCACAAAAAUUGACCAAAUUGCUUAAGGAAAAGUUGAUUUUCUCAGAUGUGCAAACAAAUUAGAUAAAGGGGUGUGUUCUACUAGCUUGAAAUAAAAUGUAGUGCUAUACAAAAUCUUAAUAUAAGGAGCUUAGGAGUUCAUUGAAACUAAUUUUGCAGCUCCAAAAAUGGAAGCAUAUAGAUUUAAACGGAGGGUGGAGAUGGGUAUGUUUUAGGUUAUGAAAGGAAGGUAAUAUCAGCUUUUAUAGUUCUGUUCCAGGUGCUGUGAAUACCCAAGCUGAUAUGAAGGUUUCUUGAGGCUCCUUUCAUCUGUCAGUUAUGAUGAGUUACUUUCAGGUGAUGUUCGGAGUCUCACGACCGUUUCGAGGCAUUCGUCAAAGGCGUUUGGAGCGCAGAUUUGUCCAAGCAGUUCCGAUAGUGGAGAUUUUUUGGUCUUGAACUCUCCUAGCACCUCUAUCCCUCGGUUGGUGACAAGUGUAACUAAACAAUCCCCGUCAUGAAGGUUUCUGGUUGGAAAAACAUUGGGGUAUGUUACCAACUCCAUGCCGUUGUAUGAUGGAGCAGACUGUGCCUGGAACUGCAUUUGAAAAGCCAAAACCUACUUCAGCCGCGGGGAAUGUUCGUACAGAUAAGACCAAAAUGGCAGGGCCACCUUGACCUAGGACCAUCUUGUGGACAGCAUCAAGUAGUACUAUAUAUUCAUUCAAGUAAAUUAAAGAAUUGUGCUACAUUUGUCACGUAAGCAAUUGCUAUGUGUAUGUUUUGCACAAAAUCUGCUAUAGAUGUCUGCUUCAGUUCGUUCACAUUUGCUUCUCCCACAGCUAUAGGGAGCAUGAAACGGAGGUCUCGUUCAAGCAAGGGUUGAAGUGCAGCACGAAACAGUUUAAUUGAUGAUCUUGCAAGCAAGAGAAAGGCUUUUCGGUUGUUAUAUCAGACCACAUUAACACAAGCUUACUGGAGGAACUGGCAUCACCCAAGGCGUGACCAAAUACGAAUGUUGUCAAUAUGGCUCCACAUGCAUAGUAUGUGAUUUCGAUUUGCAUUGGCAAAUCUGAUGGUUAGAUUUCUUCCAGAGAGACCUAUUGAUAUUUUAGAAGUAAGCACUUUUAGAGGACUGCUCUUUUGUGCUUCCACAACCAGGGCACCAACAUUGUCCUUGAUCUAUGACUCUAUCGUUUGUGGAUUUCUCAGAUUCAACCAGCAAACUGGUAGCAAUCGUGAGAGACCUUUACAAGGAAACACUUCCAAGUCCUCAGUGAUGUUAGACUUAGCUUUACAUGUAAAAUAAUUUUAACCUAGAGCUCGCAGAAAGGAGGUUGAGGUUUUUAAAGGCUGACAACACGGUGCUUGCAUCGGACCAGUGGCAUCUACCUCAGAUUUUCUGAUAGGACUUGUUCGAUUUUAAUCACCAUCAUAUUUGUCUUCAAUUACCAUCUCAAUGACUACCAAUUGUCCUUUGCCUGCUUAGUUUUGCAACUGAAUUUUGGCUGCAUUGGUGAUGUACUGGUCUAAAGUGAUCACAUUUUUGGUAAUGAGUCAGUUUGUACUCGAGAAAAACGUAAUAAGAGAAACUUGUGGCUAUACUGAUA